CGGCUUGAGACAUUAGAGCGACGUCACUGGCUGAUAUAUCAUUUAAAUGACCUCUAUGCGGAAGAGGUUGUGAUAAAAGUGGGAUUUUUCACUAAUUUCGACUCCAUCACCUCAAUUCAACCUCCUGGAAAAUGUUGCCUGCUUGUGUUCGAUCGGUUUAUUAAAACUGGGUUGCAACCUAACAACAGCCAACUCAAGUGGCCGAGUAUUUUAACAGAAAGGUGCUGACUUAACUACAGCAUGGCUAAAAGGGUGUCUCAGUAUAUCAAUAAAGCUCUAGGACUCAUUAGCCGAAAUGGGUCUGGGCAUACCACCGGGGAGACCCAAUUCGAAACGAAGCCUUUCAAGCUCCAUAAACUGGCAGAAGGUCCUUCAACUCACGUAACUCUAACCAGAGCAGAAGCAUUGGACAUGUACACGCAAAUGCACACAAUUCGUCGGAUGGAAACCUCUGCAGGCAACUUGUACAAAGAUAAAAUUAUCCGAGGCUUUUGCCACUUGUACGCUGGACAGGAAGCUGUAGCUGUAGGAUUCAAGCACGCACUCCGACCUCAGGACAGUGUAAUCACUGCCUACAGAGCCCAUGGAUGGACGUACGUCAUGGGAGUGCCUCCAAUUGAGGUACUGUCUGAACUGACUGGAAGGCGAACUGGCUGCGCCAGAGGAAAAGGCGGCUCUAUGCAUAUGUACACGAAAAACUUCUACGGUGGAAAUGGAAUUGUUGGCGCCCAAGUACCACUAGGCGUAGGUGUAGCCUUGGCUGCUCAAUACAAAGGCACAGACGGCGUAUGCGUUGCGCUUUAUGGAGAUGGUGCUGCUAAUCAAGGCCAAGUAUUCGAAGUAUACAACAUGGCCAAGCUAUGGAACAUCCCCUGUAUCUUUGUGUGUGAAAACAAUGGAUAUGGUAUGGGAACUAGUGCAGUGAGAGCUGCAGCUAGCACUGAAUAUUAUACUCGUGGAGAUUUCGUUCCUGGUAUUUGGGUUGACGGUAUGGAUGUUUUGGCCGUUAGGCAAGCCGCCCGGUUAGCUGUUAACUAUUGCGCCGCUGGAAAUGGGCCAAUUGUUAUCGAGGCCCAGACUUACAGGUAUUCUGGCCAUUCCAUGUCCGAUCCUGGAACCAGCUACAGAACCCGCGAAGAAGUGCAAGAAGUGAGGCAAACCAGGGAUCCCAUCACAUCUUUCAAAGAGAAAAUUAUCACUUCUAAUUUGGUUACUGCCGAAGAAAUCAAGGAAAUUGAUGCAAAAAUUCGAACAGAAAUUGACGAAGCGACGAAAAAAGCCAAAGCCGAAAAGGAAAUUGGCCUGGACGAAAUAGCCUCAGACAUUUAUGCCAACAACGUAGAAGGUGAAAUUCGCGGUCUUUCAGUCUUCCAACCGUUGAAACACGUAAGAGUUGGGCCAGCUGUAAAUCUAUAAUUUUAAGCAAAAUACUCGCUAACAGUUAAGUUCCAAAGUCUCUGUUGCAUUUUUUACAUAAUUUAUCAGUGCCGUAAAGUCGCCAAACUUUAUAUUUAGUUUGCAUAUACAGAAAAUGCCUGUAAAUGGCCUUUAUACAAUUCGUUGCGCUACAAAACACUUUAUUUUUAACGCUGUUAUCGAUUGUUUACAAGUCGCAAGAAUAUUUUUACUGUUGAUGUUUUGGAUGCCCAAUAAAAAUUUUUGUUGUCGAAA